GUUCAAACAGACCCGGGAAAACUGAGCCCGAAGAGCAGGACUGGAACCGGCAGAGCUGGACCGGAUCACCGUCAUGGUUCAGGAGUUUAACGUGCUCCGGUGUUUCUCCUGUCAGAGCUUCCAGGUCCAACAGGUGAAGAAGGUGACCAGAUGGAGCUGUAAACUGUGUGGAGAGAAACAGUCGCUGCUGAAGGAGUUUGGGCGGGGCUCCGGAGCCGACUGCAGACGUCAUGUUCAGAAACUUAACGCCAUGAGAGGAGCAAUGAUGGAGGAGCAGGAGCACAACACCUGGUCUCUAUGGAAGCAGGUGGAGGCAGACAGAGAGGAUGUACCUGAGAAACAGGACCAGCUGAGGCAGACUGGAUCGAGCCGCUGGAGCAAAUACCUGGACACACCUGAGGAGGCGGAGCCAGAGGAGGAGGACGAGGAGGAUGUCUUGAUGGACUUCUUCACCCAGCAGCUCCAUGACAACAGCAUGAUUGACAGGAAGAGAAUGAAGAGAUGGACCGAUGGAGGAGGAGCGGACAGCUGGACACCUGAACAGACAAACAGUUUGAUGAUGAAACCUGUUAAGAAAACAAGUCUGAACCACACCAGUCCUCCCAGUGAAAACCACACCAGAACCAGGAGUCUGAACCUCACCAGUCCUCCCAGUGAAAACCACACCAGAACCAGGAGUCUGAACCACACCAGGAGUCUGAACCUCAGUCCUCCCAGUGAAAACCACACCAGAACCAGGAGUCUGAACCACACCAGUCCUCCCAGUGAAAACCACACCAGAACCAGGAGUCUGAACCACACCAGUCCUCCCAGUGAAAACCACACCAGUCCUCCCAGAAAGAAGAGCCUUUAUUCUCCCAGUGUGAGUUCUGGUCCAGUCUCCAGGUGGGCUUGUUUCCUCCCUUCUGACUGUCACGAGGGGGCGGGGCCUUCCAUCAGUGGGAGGGGUCAGUCAGUGGGCGGAGCUGUCUCUCUGUCCUGUGAUGACAUCAGCCAGGCCCCGCCCCUCACCAGAUCCAUACAUCCUGUUUCCUCCAUGUUUGAGAGCGGAGAGGACUUCAGCUUUGAAGACUUCUAAACGUGGAACGAUUGAUCAUCUCAAAGCUUGUAAUUCAUUAAAGUGGUUCUAUCUCUACAUAUUAUGGGAUAUAUUGAUCCUGUGUGUUUAUGAUGGGCUAGUUCAACGCUUCAUUCAUCACUGAUAUCGUUAUACCACAGAAACAUAAUGUGUAUAUUGUUACUGUAAAGGUCUGAAUGUAUGUGCAACGAGAUGUUGACCAAUAAAGAUGAAGAAUCACGAG